ACCAAAGUGCCAACCUGGCAUAACGCGACCAGCGACACCUUUCUCUCUUUUUCCUCCUUCCUUUUUUUCUGUCUUUGUGAGAAUUCAGAAUCCAAAGGGAGAAGGAAAGAGCAGCUCGCGAUCCGACGCGAUCGAUCCUACCUCUGACUGUACUGUAACUCGUGGAUUGAUGAAUCAGAGGUGACCCAGUUGAUAGUCAAUCAAAGGGGUCGAAGAGGUUAUAGGAAAUGGCUUGUAGAGGGUGCUUAGAAUGCCUCUUGAAGCUCUUGAAUUUCUUGUUGACACUUGCGGGACUGGCAAUGGUGGGGUAUGGGAUCUACUUGUUUGUUGAAUACAAGAAUUCGUCCAGCAGCACUCCGUCGACCUCACCUGUGGCUGGGGAUCCGAAUUUGGUGGAGCUCGGCCGACCAUUGCUAAUGGCGGUCUCCCUGUCAUCCAGUAUAUUCGAUAACUUACCUAAAGCUUGGUUCAUAUACUUGUUCAUUGGUGUUGGGGUGGUUCUCUUUGUUAUAUCUUGCUGCGGAUGCAUCGGAACUGUGACCCGGAAUGGAUGCUGCCUGACUUGUUACGCAAUCUUGGUGAUCCUGUUGAUAUUGGCCCAGCUUGGGAUCGCAGCUUUUAUUUACUUUAACAAGAGCUGGGAGGAUGAUAUUCCGACAGAUAAAACUGGAGACUUUGCUAUGGUAUAUGACUUCCUGAAGGAGCAUUGGGAUAUUGUCAAAUGGGUUGCCCUUGGAAUUGUUAUUUUGGAGGCUCUCGUCUUCUCGUUAGCCCUUAUGGUCAGGGCUGCAAAUCGGCCAAUAGAAUACGACAGCGAUGACGAGUACAUCGUCCCAAGACAACAGAUCAGACAGCCACUGAUUAACCGGCCUCCACCACCAGCUACAGGUGUACCAGUUGCUGGGGCCCUCGAUCAGCGCCCAAGCAGAAAUGAUGCUUGGAGCACUCGCAUGAGAGAAAAGUAUGGGCUAGAUACUUCAGAGUUCACAUACAACCCAUCUGAGUCGGGUAGGUUCCAGCAAGUUUCCGCACAGCCAGCAGAAGAAAGGAGCUGUUGCACCAUUAUGUAACCGUGCUAUGGAAUUCUUGGUUUGUUUCCGGAGGCUGAGUGUUCAGCAAUCGCGCGACCAUAUUUUGCAGGAGCUUGUGUCUCUCCAUUUUUAAUUUCUUUUUCCAAUAUUUUUUUUUAAAAGAAAAUUUUCAGGAUCAUACCUUGACCUUCUGGUGUUUGGCAUCGACUACAUUUUGGUGUGAAGGAUUGUACUGCUACUAGUCUUGUCGAGUUUAGCUGCAGAAGACGUACAUUUUCACAUCUGAAAUUUUUGCUCGCUUGAAGUUUUGCCCUCAGGUACAGAGUAAUAUUUUCAGGAUCCGUUCAUUUAUCGAUGCUGAUAAUUUCCUGAA